GCUUAUCCACCAUCACCAAUCGACACAUGAACAGCGCAGCAGACUUCGUAUAUCUCCGUCUAUCAUUAACUUUAAUGAAUGAACAAUGUAGCUGCUUUUAGCUUAGGCGUCAGGCGUCUGGGACAUGUCUAUUUUGGACUUACUUCGUUGGCUAAAUGACUGGACGCCUUACGGGCCUAAAUGUCGAUCAUCUAGUAAGCCUGUCUUCAGUUACAGCUACGAGGAGUCAGAAGACAAUAUAUAAUCUGCAGUGAUGUCCCCAGAAUUAACCCACAGACUCAAACAACCAACGGAGAAUUCACAAUUCCGCUUCCACUCACCUUCAGACUCCACACCUUCAUCUUCAAACCAAAGAAUAUCAUCACCAUGCAGCUUCUCUCCAUCCUCCCCAUCGCAGCUUUGGCUGGUACUUCCCUCGCAGUACACUGGAACGUGACCCUCUACACCGACACCGAGUGCACCGAAUAUAAGUGGUCAUACGCCGGAAACCAGAGUUACGGGUGCUACUCGCUUGAAACAUACAACCCGACCAUUCAGUCUAUCAGGGCUGAGAUCCCUGAGGAUUGGGUUUUCGAUGGAGCAAGCGGCGGCGCUUGCAAUAACUUUCACACUUUCGGGGGCUCGGGAUGUUGGACCCAGGGUCAGGGAUUCAAGUCUUUCCAAGUAUACCCGCAGGCAAGCUGAGGUGAUGUUAUCCAACGUUGAGGAAAUAAAUUGCAUCUUUGAUCGUGGUAUACAUCCUACUUCUGUUAUUUAUGCUUCAAUUGUAUCUAGCUUUUUUGCCAUGCGCUCAGCACUAG